GGUACCUGCAAUUUGUAAGAGCAAUUAGUUGCUCUGUGAAUUGCUAAGGGAAAACAUCUCCAUAUAAAAACUAUAGCUGAAAUAGUGAAAAUGAAAGCAUUGCAGCUUUUAAUAGUACUCCUUUUUGUAGUGUACCUAUUUACAACAAUCUCAGCAGAUGCCUCAGACCACACAAAACUCUGUCGUUUAUUCAAAAACGGCACAAAAGUACGUGUUCCCGGAUCUUGUGAACAGUAUAUGGUGUGUAAUGGCAAUAGUGGUGAAAUUUUCACUUGUUCCGGCAAUUUGAAAUAUGAUACGGAACAAGAAAAAUGUGUCGCAAAUCUUGAUACCACUGCAAUAUGUGAUAAUCGUUGUAUGGGUAUAAGUGACGGAAGAUUCGUAGCGGACCCAACCAAUUGUCGUGGCUGUUAUUAUUGUCUAAAUGGUGAAGCCUAUGCCAGCAGUUGUGAUUGGCAGUACUAUUUUAAUGAGACUAGACAAGAGUGCGUUUAUCCUCGCGAUUCUACGUGCAAAGAUGUUAAUAAUAUUUGUGAACUGGUGAAGGAUAAAACCGCGUUUCGUAAUGAGAAUGAUUGUUCACAAUACUAUGUAUGCAGCAAAGGCGUACAAAAGCCUGUUUAUUGCAAAAAUCAAUACUUUAAUGUGGAAAAGGGAUCUUGUGAUAAGAAGAAGAAUGUAAUUUGUAAUGCCCAUCCAAUAGCCGCGAAUUUAUGUCCAAAGAAUAUUACUAAUAUAGUGAAAAAAGCAGAUGGUGGUUCUUGUCGCGGUUACUUUGUUUGCGCCCCUAUGGGAGAAUUUGCUCAAGAUGAACAACCUAUUUGGUUCCAGUGUCCGGCUGGAAAGCUUUUCAGUGAAGCGCAAGGAGAAUGUUUAGAUCCAAUCGAUGUUAAAUGCGAUUAUAAUCGUUGUGAUGGCCGUGGUAAUAUGCUCGUUAACAGUUCUUUUAAUAAUUGCCGCAAUUAUAUUAAAUGUGAAAAUAAUUUGGAAGUGGAGGAAUAUACCUGUGGCGAUAAUUACUUUUUCAAUGAGCGUCUUCAAGCAUGUGUUCCGUAUAUCAUUUAUUUUAAAUGUUGUGAUCAACCAGCUACGCACCCCAACGUAAAGUUGUAAUAAAAGUUAUGCAUACCAACUUGGUUUAUGGAC